CUCAGUCUUACUCUAUCAUCAUGGAGACACUUCCGACCGAGUUAGUUGACACUAUUGUGAGCUGGCUCGAUCUCCAGGAUGUCUGCGCGCUCCGUCUGACUGGACGUACUAUCUUAUCCCACAUAUCCACUGCCGCUAUUUCUCGGAGCUUUUACUCUUCUAAGAGGGUGGAAAUGACAAAGGCUGCGCUAGAACAGCUGGUUCGCUUCACUCAGCCAGGACAGGUAGGCCUCUGGCGCCAACGGCUCACGCUGUAUGACUGUGUCGAGCGCACGGAGCAGUCUGGUGCUGAUUUCGACGCAACCGAGCUACUGGCCCAAGCAUUUGCGAACAUACGCGACCGGCCAGCGUCCCACCGGGGCGAUCAGCUGUCGCUCUCUAUCUCCCUGGAGUUCGACAACUUCUCUACCUGGGACAGGGAUGUCACAGCUCGGGUGUUCCACGCGACCAUCUCCGCCAUCGCGAGGACGGAAAUCCCGGUCCAGGAAUUAGAUAUUUUCGGCGACGCUUACUUGCACGAUGACCACUUUGAAGACGGCCAAUGUAGCUUAGCAUUUGGCGAUAUCGCUCUUGCUGUAUCUCACCACCGGACCUCCCUGGCAACAUCUUUGCGAAACUGCACCAAGUUCUGCCUAAGUCUAGGCUACUCGACCCGCGGAUUCGACUUCGAAAGCAGCGUCAGCACCUGCAAUUUUCGUUUACCGCUGACCGCGAACGAAGCCCGACAGAAUACUCAAUCGCUUUGUGAUCUCCUCAACAUGUGUCCUCUUCUCGAAGAACUACAACUCGUGUGGGAGAAUGACGAUCUUGAAGAAACGCGUGCAGAGAAGAACGGGAAUUCUUUAACCAGAUAGGUAUUUCCUGUGCAUUUGCAAACUUGAAGCGAUGUAAACUUCAGGAUCUCGACACGUCCGAGAAUCCAAUCAUGACCUUUUUCCGCCGGUCCCCGAGGCUGCUAGAGUUGACCUUGGAUGGAUUGAUUAUGAUGCCCGGAGAUUUCAGCCAUCUUUUUCAUUUGCUGUCGACAGCUAUGCCAGACCUGGAUUUGUUACGGCUCCGAGGGCUGGAUGAUGACCUGGGUAGUCUGUACUUUUUCCACGAACCAAAAGAAAGCACAUGGGGCAGACGGCCAGGGGCUGCUCUACAUGGUAUCAGACGGAGAGGGUCUGACGCCAGACGACUAGUUGUACCUACCAACAGAAGAUAAGAGUCGAUUCGAUUGGACUAUUUAGAAGAGCCAUGGUGUGGAAGUCUAGAUCCCAAACAACAGUCUAAGC